AUGCAGAACAUUGCGCAAUUGGAAGAAGAAAACAAGCACCUGAAAUUCAUGAAUAGCAUAAAGAAAUUUGAUGAGGAUUUGCCGGAACUUGCUGACAAGGAAGGGGAUCAAGCUGAACAGCAACGUCCUGCAAGCGAUGUCCAUAAUUCAACAUUGCAGGAACUUGGUUUUGGUGAUGAGGAGGAGGAUUUGCAAAAUACAAGUGGUCAAUAUUCAAUGCCAACUCCGGCAAAUGCAAUGGCUGCGAGCGCAACUGCUGGUUAUGAUAUACCACAACGUCUAAAAACACUUCAUAAUCUUGUAAUCACUUAUGCGGCGCAAGGACGCUAUGAAGUAGCUGUUCCACUCUGUAAGCAAGCAUUGGAAGAUUUGGAAAAGAACAAUGGACAUGAUCAUCCUGAUGUCGCUACGAUGUUGAACAUUCUUGCUCUCGUUUACCGUGAUCAGCGUAAGUAUAAAGAAGCGGCGACGUUAUUGAAUGAAGCAUUGGCAAUUCGUGAGCGUUGUCUUGGUGAAGACCAUCCUGCGGGUCUUUACGAUGAAGUCGAAAAAUACUACAAACGUGCUCUUAAAAUUUAUGAAGCAAAAUUCGGUCAAGAUGAUCAGAAUGUGGCGAAAACGAUGAACAAUCUUUCCUCUGCUUAUCUAAAACAGGGAAAAUACAAGGAAGCAGAGUUAUUAUACAAGCAGAUACUAACACGCGCCCAUGAACGUCAAUAUGGAGAGACUAGCAACGACAACAAGUCUAUUUGGCAAAUUGCUGAGGACCGUGAAAAUACUAAAAAUCAACAUGCAGAUAGUGGAAUUUAUCAUGAAAAUAUUCAGGAUGCAAUGAUGAAAGUCGAUAAUCCAACUGUAACUACAACAUUAAAAAAUCUGGGAGCACUCUAUCGACGUCAAGGCAAGUACCAAGCUGCUGAAACUCUUGAGGAUGCUGCUUUGCGUGCUAAAAAACAGGUAUUUUCUUACAAACAUUCACUGGGUCAGGGUCUUUCUGAGGGUGUCUGGGGGUAUUUUUGUUUUUUAACGGUGGUUAAUUAUCACCGUACCAAUUAA